AUGGCGUCACUAGAGAAGGCCGACAUUCAGGCCCUCGACCUGCUCACCAACAACACCGUCUUCCGCAAGCUGCAGUCCUAUUACUCGGCAUACUCGGACCGGAGAGACGCGCUCGGCCUGAGCAACCCGGGGACCAUCGAUAACAUCUCCAAGGAAGUCCAGCGCGAUGUCUUCCUCAACAACCUUGCCUUCUCCGGCCUGCGCGCCGACCUGACCAAGGCAUUCAGCGUCGCCCCGUUGUUCCAGGUCUCGCACGCUCUGUCCAUGGGCUCGCAAGGCCUGCCGCCCUAUGCCUACGCCGCUCUCUACGGUUCGCCCAAGGUCUUCAUGCAAGCAAACAUCGACAAUGACUUUUCGCUCUCCGGCCGCUUCAACUACCGCUGGACCAACAACCUUGUUACCAAGACCAGCCUGCAGGUUGCGCCUGGCCCUGGCCAGUCGAUGCUGCAGCUCGAGAACGACUACACCGGCGCCGACUUCAGCGCCUCGAUCAAGGCCAUGAACCCUUCCAUCCUCGACGGCGGUCUUACCGGCAUCUUCGUUGGUAGCUACCUGCAGGCGGUCACAAAGCGCCUCUCGCUGGGUCUGGAGGGUGUGUACGAGCGCGCUGCCAUGACGCAUGGCCCCCAGUGCCUGCUCAGCUACGCGGCGCGCUACAAGGGUGACGACUGGAUCGCCAGCGGUCAGGUGUUGGCUUCUGGUGGUGUUCAGGGCUCCUACUGGAGGAGGCUGACCGAGAGGGUCGAGGCUGGUGUUGCCAUCAACCUCGAGUUCGCUCCCGCCAUGGCCCAGAUGAUGGGUGCGCCUGGCAAGGACGCUACCACCACCAUCGGUGCCAAGUACGACUUCCGCGCGAGCUCGUUCCGCGCUCAAAUUGACAGCAAGGGCAAGCUCGGCUGUCUGCUUGAGAAGCGCGUCGCUCCGCCGGUGCAGGUUACGUUCUCGGGCGAAAUUGAUCACGCCAAGAACGCCGCCAAGGUCGGUCUCGGCGUCUCAAUUGAAGCCGCCGAUGAGGAGGUCAUGAUGCAGCAGGAGGGCGCUGCUGCUGCCAGCACUCCCCCGCCGUUCUAA